AUGCCCUCCUCCUUCAACCCGCACGACUACCGCAAGCUACAGAGAAUCGACAGCGACGACGACGACUUCAAGCUAGAGUCCUUCGACCACGUACAACAGGGCCCCUCCGCCCUCCCCGCGCCCAGUAAAGACCCCGCCAGAAAGAACACGCGAUGGAUGAUCUCCACGGUGCUGCUCUCCGCCCUCGUCCUGGCGGCCAUUAGCCUGUUGUCGAUUAAUUUUGCCCGACCGCGCCAUCGUACGUCCUCGUCGCCUACCUCGUCUGCGCCAGAACCCCAAAGCACCAUGGCGUCCCAACCCUGCGGCACGUCGCCGUCCGAGGCCAGCGCCGCCGGAUGUAUAUACGACGUAAUGAUGCACUCGUGGCUCCCUGCGACGUGCUUCGACGAGGAGCUCACGAAAGAGUUUCGUGGCCUGCGAGAGUGGCGGUUCUAUGCCGAUGCAAACGGCACGAAGAUUCUGACUGAGAAGGAAGUGGCAUGGCGCACAGAGGAUGUCUAUACGACGUUGGACUAUCAUUACACGCGCUGCGUGUAUAGCCUGCGGAAGGACCAACGUGCCACGGAGCGGAUGAAAGAUCAGGAAGUUCCUGUCGCGGAGGAGAGCACGGUCGAUUGCUCCGAGCUGUUCUUGAGCACGGCCAAGCAGUUGAACGAGACGAGCAGCGUCAUUGUCCUGGGAGGCACGUUGAGGUCGCUGUCCGUGAGCUAUCCGGUAUGCACGCGACCGAAGAUGAUGUGA